GAUUCGCUGGCGGAGCUCAGUCAGCGUUUGACUCAGCGGUGGCAGCGGGGAUCCAGCACUUCCACUUGUCAGCUCUCUCCCCCGACACCCAGCGCACCCCUCCCCGCAGCUUCAGCCAUGUCAAAGCUGGACCAGAUCCUCGUCCUCGACCCUCCCGUCGACCUCAAAUUCAAAGGUCCUUUCACAGAUGUAGUUACCACCAACCUCAAACUGAAGAACCCCUCUGACAGAAGAGUGUGUUUCAAAGUGAAGACAACGGCACCCCGCAGGUACUGUGUACGACCAAACAGUGGCGUCAUUGAUCCUGGAGCAACUGUCAACAUCUCUGUCAUGCUUCAGCCCUUUGACUAUGACCCCAACGAGAAAAGUAAACACAAAUUCAUGGUGCAGACUAUUUUCGCCCCACCAAAUGUUUCUGACAUGGAUGCAUUGUGGAAAGAUGCAAAACCUGAUGAUCUCAUGGAUUCCAAGCUGAGAUGUGUCUUCGAGCUGCCUUCUGAAAAUGAUAAAGUGAAUGACGUGGAGGCGACCAAAACGACCGGGGUGAUGAACUCUGUGAAGGCCGAUCCAACAGCGGCCUCGGUGCCAGCUGCUGCCCCACAGGACGAUUCAGAGAUGAAGAAAGUGCAGGAGAAGUGCAAGAGGCUGCAAGCUGAGAUGAACAAGCUGGUUGAGGAGAACCGGCAACUAAAGGACGAUGGUAUUAGAAUGAGAAAGGCUCCCCGCUCAGACCACAUGACGACAAACUCAACUAGCCUCCUCGGCCGAGAAGCCACCACCGCCUCCCUGCCCUCUCUCCUCGUCGUCAUAGCAGCCAUCUUCAUCGGAUUCUUCUUAGGGAAGUUCAUCUUGUAGACUGGGAGAUGCAUGCCAGCCGUAUCACCCACCCCGGCUCCGGAAUCAAAACAGGCCUGGAAAAACAAAGAAGUCUUUCUGUUGACUUUGCCAUAUCAUUGGUAGUGUGGCCUACAGUGAACACAUCUGUACAGCAUCAUGUGAAGGCGUCGCCUUUUUACAAUCUCACACGGUUAGUACACACAGAGAGUUGAGAAAAAAAAGAGGCGACAAAAAGUGAUUGCUCCCUUUUUUCUUUUUUUUUUUGAUUUCUGUUUUUUGAUGGCUGGAUUAUACAGGUAAUGUGGCGGGACAAUGAAAGAUGUAUACUGUCGACAUGGAAGAUGCACCUAGAGUGAACCAUGGGCAAGAGGCAGUCAAAAGAUUAGAUUUUUUUUAUCUCUCUCUCUCUCUCUGUUGUUUUUAAUAGGAAUUGAAUGGAAUGUUAGGUGUCUUGUAAAUGUUGUUUUAAAUCCUUUUAAACAAAAAAAGGAAAGAACUUCCAUCACGAUGACCUUGCUACCUGUUGCUGGAUUGCCUCUGAAGUAAAUUUGUUCAGUUUGUAAUUUCUACUUCUUGUCUUGGAAUGUUCAGGUCCAGCUGGGGAUAUAGGUGCCUCCUCCUUCUAAUUCAUCUCUGUCCUUUCCUUUUCCUCACAGCACCGAUGCAGACUUUAUAUUAUUAUUAAUAUUAUUAUUAUUAUACAAAGCAUAUAUUCCUUCUAAGGCAAAUAUUGACUGAAAUUAGGUCUCCAUUCUUAAAAUCCUGUACCAUGGUAUUAAGCAUUGAAAAAAUAAAAAUGAAAAAAUGUG